CCUAUGCUCCUUAGUCCUUGCUCCGUGCUUCAACCUUCAUCUCCAUUACCACGGGUGAGGUUCUGAGUUCAUCAUCUUCAUACCAAACAUUUGUUAAUUUUCUUUUCCCCAUUUUCCAUUAAUUUAUUAGGGCACUCAUCAUUUCCAGUUUUGGCUGUUGAUAUUUCUUUCCUCUCUGGAAUGUGUAAAAGGUUUAUGCCAUUAGCUUUAACUCAUGUUACGUGAACCACAGCAGUUACCAUAUCCAUUUUAUCGCUUUAGUCUGCUUCUUCUUUGAAAAUUUAGUAUCUUGGCAACCUGUUCUAGUUGUGACGUUUUAUGUUUUAAUGAGAACACGGUAACAUCUGUAACUGCUUGGUUGCUGUUUGAUGAAAUGCCUCAAAGAAUUCUAAAUUUCAGUUGAAUUGCAGUUUAUCGUUGCUUUGUAAAUUUUUUUACUCGUAAAAUAUUUGACCUGCCUAAAUCAUUUCUUGAAAUUUCAGGAACUAGAACGGACAUAACUUUGGAUUAGUGCUAGUUGUUACUGAAAUGUAUUUUUGUAUGAUUAGUCCCAAAAAGAAAAACAUAGAAAGGGGAAAAUACGUGAAAAUGUGUUUGAUGAAGUAAAAUUACCCGGUACAUAGUGUUCUUGCAAGCCGCACUUAUUGAUAAAAAGAUAAUAAUAACUGGCCCAAGUUUUAGUUUUAAUAGUAUUAAGUCGGAACAUCUUAUUGUAUGUGAACGGAUGCUGGUUUUCUUAAGCAACAAACUUCUAGAAUAAGUAAUAGUGAACAUGUAGGCAGAGCAAAAUUUUGAAUGGCCACUGAGUCAAUGGUGAGGAAGUAAGGGAUGCCUUUUUAUACUGGGUUUGGGGCUACAUAGCCAAAGUUUGCUUGUCGAUACAAACUUUAUACAUUUAGUGACACAACUAUCCACUUUGCUCGUUAGCCAUAUUAGACUUUAGUCAAACUAAAUACAUCAAGAAGUAUCAGAACCUGAUCACCAACUGGUCAAAUUCAUAAUAUGGUUGUAUUUGUAAGCAAAAAGAAAAAAUUAAUGUUGAUAAAAUUCUCACUGUAAUUUAUCAUAAGAGCGUGAAGAGAUCAUCGACAUGUACAUAUAUGUCUGGCUGUUGUUCUGGCAGAAAAUUUUGAGCAUCCGGAUAUAUAAAUCAUUUUGUGCUUGAGCAAACUUGUUUAGAACCUUGUGUAAUACUCUUCCAGGUGAUGCAGUGAUGAAGGGACUCAUCUGCCUGGGUUUUUUCUAGAUGGAGAUUGGUGUAUGCUGGGCAUCUGUCUUGAUGGAAUUCUAUUAUAGAUAUGAAUAAGUAUUCCAUCUUCCUGUCAGCUCAUCGUUGUCAGGUCUUCUCAUUUCAUUUACACUUCGGUUCUGCAAAAAGCAGCUGCUCGUUCAUCUUUUAUGUUAAUAGAUUUUUUAUCCGAAAGUUGUCUGCUUUUCGCUCCAGUACUGCAAGACCAUUCCCUGACUAUUGUCCAAAGAAACCUUCUAUUAAAGACAGCAAGCUCAUUCAUCAAAUCUCCAUGACUCUUAAGCAGCGCCGAUCUGAACAGCUUCGCCGUACUCUGAGACCCUUUGAAUCCAAAUUCAGGCCUGAUCAUCUCAUUUGGGUUCUCAUGAAUGUAAAGAAUGAUUAUAGAUUAGUUUUGGACUUCUUUGAUUGGUCUUGCUUGCGGAGAGACCCAUCAUUGGAAGCUCAUUGCAUUGUUAUUCAGAUUGCUGUUGCUGCAAAAGAUUCUGCAAUGGCUCACAGACUUAUGCAUGAUUAUUGGACAAACCCCAACCUAGAUGUUGAUCUCUCUUUUCCACGAUUCCUUGAAAAAUUAAUAUACACAUAUAAGGAUUGGGGUUCUAGUCCUCAUGUUUUUGAUAUUUUUUUUCAAGUGCUUGUUGAAGUUGGGAUUUUGGACAAUGCAAGAAAGCUUUUUGAUAAAAUGUUAUAUUAUGGGUUGAUUUUAUCUGUUGAUUCAUGUAAUUUGUAUCUAUCCCAUCUAUCGAAUAGUAAUCACGGGAUACAAAAGGUACUAAGGACUUAUGGUGAAUUAUCUGGACUGGGUGUUUGCUGGAACACUGCUUCAUAUAAUAUGGUGAUCCGUUGUCUCUGUCAAUUAAAUAAAGUGAAAGAAGCUCACGGUUUACUUUUGCAAAUGGAGUUUAGGGGUUGUAUACCUGAUGUUAUAAGCUAUAGUACUGUAAUUGAUGGCUAUUCUAAAGCUGGGGAACUUAAAAUUGUUUUAAAGAUUAUUGAAGCAAUGCAGGUAAAAGGGUUGAAGCCAAAUGUGUUCACCUUCAAUAGCAUCAUCCUAAUUCUGUGUAAGGCUGGUAAAGUACUGGAUGCUGAGAGAAUAUUGAGGGAGAUGAUUUCCCAGGGGGUUGCUCCAGAUAAUGUAGUUUAUGCUACUCUUAUUGAUGGUUUCUGUAAAGCUGGAAAUAUUUCUGCUGCAUAUAGAUUGUUUGAUGAAAUGCAAAUUCAGAAACUUAUUCCUGAUUAUGUGGUAUAUACAUCUCUCAUCUAUGGUCUUUGUCAGAGUGGAAAAGUUGUUGAAGCGAAUAAGCUCUUCCAGGAAAUGCUUAGAAGAGGAUCGGAAGCAGAUGAGGUCACUUAUACAACACUUAUUGAUGGAUAUUGCAAAGCUGGUGAAAUUAAAUUUGCAUUUUCUCUACACAACCAAAUGGUGCAACAGGGACUGAUACCAAACGUUGUUACUUAUACUGCACUUGCUGAUGGGCUUUGUAAACAAGGUGAAUUAGAUGCAGCAAAUGAGCUGCUUCAUGAGAUGCGUCAAAAAGGUCUGGAACUGAAUAUUGUCACCUAUAACUCACUGGUCAAUGGUUUUUGUAAAUCUGGAAAUAUAGUGCAAGCAGUUAGUUUAAUGCAAGAUAUGGAGGUCUCUGGAAUUCGGCCUGAUACAUAUACUUACACCACAUUGAUGGAUGCAUACUGUAAAUCUGGAGAGUUGAUCAGGGCUCAUGAGCUUCUGCAUGAGAUGUUGAGUAAAGGACUUCAACCAACUGUUGUUACAUUUAAUGUACUGAUAAAUGGAUUUUGUAUGUCUGGGUUGCUAGAAGAUGGUGAAAAGUUGCUACAGUGGAUGUUAGAGAAAGGUGUAAUGCCAAAUGCAGCCACAUAUAAUUCUCUCAUGAAGCAAUACAGCAUUAGGAAAAAUAUGCGUGCAACGACUCACAUUUACCGGAGAAUGUGUGAUCAAGGAAUUGAGCCAGAUGGAAAUACCUAUAAUAUAUUAAUACGAGGGCAUUGCAAGGCAAGGAACAUGAAAGAGGCAUGGUUUUUGCAUCGACAAAUGGUUGAAAAGGGUCUUAGCCUUGCAGUUGAUGCAUAUAUAAGUCUCAUCAAAGGCUUUAUCAAGAAGAAGAAAUAUUUGGAAGCAAGGCAACUUUUUGAAGACAUGAGAAUGGAAGGGCUGCAUGGAGAUCAAGAAUUAUAUGGCAUCUUUCUAGAUAUAAGGUACAAGGAAGGAGAUAUUAAUUCAACGCUUGAGCUUUGUGAUGAAUCAAUAGAACAUUGCCUUCUGAAUAAGAGCAGUGGUGGAGUUACAUGAUUUUAGUUGCAAUGCUGGAAACAUUCAUGAAGCUAAACUUUUGGCUGCCAUCUCAUGUCAUCCAAGAAAAUGCCUAUCCUCCAUAUGACGGGGUUGGCCAAGAAUAGCGGCUGAAGGUUGGCGAUAUCUACUGGAAAUUGAGUAUGAAAUUUUACUCAACGUGUCCCUUAAAAGAAUCUGAUGCUUCCAAGUGCCCUAUAAAGGCAGACAAUUUAAGAGACACAGGGAUCUAAAAUGUCAUUCAAAGGUCUUGACCACUGAAUUUUGGUUAACCCUUUUUGCGGCUAAAGGAAGUGAGCGCAUGCAGAAGGAAGAGCUAGCAACUCUGCGGAUGGAAAUUCUGUCGCGCAAAGAUAUAUUUAUUUCUUUUCACACGUUGUAUGUUGCUGUCCUCAGUGUUAGAAGUUUAUGGCGCACAAGGCAGUCCUGUUCUUCGAGUACAUAGAGAGCUUGACUUGGACGCUCUUCGAGUUUUUGUACAACAGUUUUUUUUUUUUUUGGUGGUUUCAACAUUUGUAGAUAGGCAUUUUUUUGGGCAGAAAAAUGGUCGGGCAAGAUCUCCUGCAUGUAUGUAUCUGUUAUCACUUUUAAUAAAUCUUGUCAAAAGUUUUAUAUAGAUAAAAUGAUAGCCUUUCUUUAAAGUC